AUGACUAAAAAGAAUCUCUUUUGGCAGUUAAAGGCGACGAAGUUCUUUCAGAUGACAAAACUUGACUGGGUGGAAGCCGGUUUGCAGGUGUGCAGACAAGGGUAUAACAUGCUUAAUCUCCUUAUCCACAGAAAGAACUUGAACUACUUGCAUCUCGACUAUAACAUGAACUUGAAGCCAGUGAAGACGCUUACUACGAAGGAGCGCAAAAAGUCUCGCUUCGGAAACACCUUCCACUUAUGUCGCGAGAUUCUGCGCCUUACAAAGCUUGUUGUUGAUGCUCAUGUUCAGUUCCGCCUUGGCAAUGUCGAUGCUUUCCAGCUUGCAGACGCACUGCAGUAUAUCUUUGCGCACAUUGGGGCAUUGACUGGUAUGUACCGGUACAAGUACAAGCUCAUGAGACAAGUUCGCAUGACAAAAGAUCUCAAGCACUUGAUCUACUACCGCUUUAAUACUGGCCCUGUUGGCAAGGGUCCUGGAAAUGGCUUCUGGGCUCCUGGCUGGCGUGUCUGGCUCUUCUUCAUGCGAGGCAUUGUACCGUUACUCGAGCGCUGGCUUGGUAACCUCCUCGCGCGUCAGUUCGAGGGACGCAACAGCAAGGGCAUUGCGAAGACUGUGACAAAGCAACGUGUCGAGUCUCACUAUGACCUCGAGUUACGUGCGGCUGUCAUGCAUGACAUUCUCGACAUGAUGCCUGAGUCUAUUAAACAAAACAAGUCGAAGACGAUUUUGCAGCAUCUCUCGGAGGCGUGGCAUUGCCGGAAAGCGAACAUUCCAUGGAAAUACAUCAAGAGCAAAGCUGAUUGGUGGUGCUUGGUUGCACAUUAUAAUCGGGAGCGUAUCCGUCGAGGUGCUACAGUUGAUAAGGCAGUAGUGAAGAAAAAUCUGGGUCGGCUGACACGCCUGUACUUGAAAGCAGAGCAGGAAAGGCAGCAUGGGUACUUGAAGGAUGGGCCGUACAUCAGUGCGGAGGAGGCCGUUGCAAUUUACACAGCGACUGUUCACUGGCUUGAGAGCCGUAAAUUUGCUCCUAUACCAUUCCCGUAA